AUGCCCGCGAUCCGCAACGAGCGGUCCUCCUCCGCUCGUCCACCCUCCAUCUCGCGCCGCCCCUCCCCCACCCCCGCCUCAGCCACGGCAUUGGGCCCAUGCCCCUGCCAUUCUGGAUCCAUCAAACCCCUCCCUCGCAAACGAGAGGUCCGCGUCCGUCUUCUUUUGUCCUGGCAAUCGUAUCCCGGCGUAGAGCCCGGGCUCUCCGACCCACACAACCUAAUACAGGCCGAUCUGCGAGUAGGAAAGGGACACGAAACGCUGAACCUGCACCGAAAACGAUCCCUCCGACGCGCAUUCGUGCUCUGCUGUCUUGUCAAGGGGCUCGGUGUACGGAGUACAGACAUCGUGACCGUCGAAAACGAAGAGGGCAAGGUCGUAGACCGGAAUGAAGCCCUGUCCGACAUUCUGGGGGACGAACUGGACGAUGUCGAGUUCUUCGUUACGUUUCGAACGGCAGUACAUAUUUGUGACAAGUAUCUCUGUCCCAAGGAUGCAGCACCUGAAGACGAGCUCGUGCGACGGUUCGAGGAACUGAUGGGCCUGGGGUCCUCAUAG